AUGAGCUGGAAUAGUGAGCGACGCGAGAUCACAUACGAUUCCAGGUCGCUGCGCAUUAACGGUAAGCCGUUCUUCUGCCUCUCGGGGGCAGUGCACUAUGUGCGUUCGCAUCCGUCCGCUUGGCCGCAGAUCUUCCGCUGCAUGCGACGGGAUGGGCUAAACACCGUAGAGACAUAUGUUUUCUGGGGUGAUCAUGAGUUUGAGCCUCCAGAGAUGCCUGACGCGGAGCCGCGAGCAGACUUUAGUGGACCGCGCGACCUCGUGCGCUUCCUCCGCUGCGCAAAGUUGCACGGUUUAAACGCGAUCCUCCGGCUGGGCCCCUAUGUAUGUGCGGAAGUGAAUUAUGGAGGCUUUCCAUGGUGGUUACGCCAAGUAUGUGAAAAGGGUAGCUCCAAGCCGGUGCGCUUUCGAACCUGGGAUCCAGCGUACUGCGCGCAGGUGGAACGCUGGCUCAAGUAUCUCGUGGAUCAUGUGCUGAAACCUGCACGAGUUUUCGCUCCGCAAGGCGGGCCCGUGAUCUUGGCACAGAUCGAAAAUGAAUACGCCAUGAUCGCCGAGAGCUACGGCCCUGAUGGUCAGCAAUACCUCGACUGGAUCGCCUCGUUGGCGAACCAACUGGCGCUCGGUGUCCCGCUGGUUAUGUGCUACGGCGCCAGCCAGCGAGAGUCUGGACGCGUCAUCGAGACCAUCAAUGCUUUUUAUGCACAUGAGCAUGUGGAGUCGUUAAGGCGUGCUCAGGGGGCGAAUCCGCAACCACUACUGUGGACAGAAUGUUGGACCGGCUGGUACGACGUCUGGGGAGCGCCGCAUCAUCGACGCGACGCGGCAGACCUCGCGUACGCCGUGCUGCGCUUUUUGGCCGCAGGCGGUGCAGGCAUUAACUACUACAUGUACUUUGGAGGUACCAAUUGGCGCCGGGAGAACACCAUGUACUUGCAGGCUACCUCCUAUGACUAUGAUGCGCCACUGAAUGAGUAUGUCAUGGAGACGACCAAGAGCCGCCAUCUGCGACGAUUGCACGAAAGCAUUCAACCUUUCCUAAGCGACCGCGAUGGUGUUCUAGAUAUGAGCCGCUUGGAGCUAAAGGUGUUCGAGGGCGAACGCCGCGCCAUCCUCUAUGAACGAUCAACGGUUUCAGGUGAUGCGGAUCACAGGUCGGAAGAAAGUGUUCGGUGUGUAUUUGACUCGGCCGACAUUCGCGUGCACCUCGCUCUGGAGCUGCGGGAGAUUAUCGUGAACGCUGCGAGUAGGGAUACCGGCCAAGACCUCCGGUGGCGGAUGCUCCCCGAGCCACCACCGCUGCGAGCAGCCCUAUCCGAUACAUCGGCUACGCUGGCUACGAUACCGGAUCUUGUGGACGCUACAGCGGGCACAAGCGACUAUGCCUGGUACAUACUGCGAUGCCCUACAGCGCAAGGCAGCGGUCUACUACAAUUAGAGGUCGCCGAUUUCGGGCGAGUAUGGAGGCGGAAAGCGGUCGAUCAAGGCGACGACGCGGAGCGGCAGCCACUCGAGUGGGCCGCCGCCGGCCCAGAGCCGCCAGUAGAGGAUCGCUUUCCGAACGCAUGGAAUUCCACGGAGUACGGGUACGGUAUUGUAGAGGUCGGUGCGAUCGACUGUCACGAGGAAUAUGUCGUGCUGGUGAGCUCUCUCGGCAUGGUAAAGGGCGACUGGCAACUGCCACCGGGAUACGGCAUGGCUCGUGAACGCAAAGGCCUUCUCCGGGCAUCGUACCGCUCCGAUGUCACCUUCGCAGAUGACGAGUGGCGGGAUGCGCUCGUUGUUGGCUUCGCUGCCGGUCUCCGCGGAGAGCGCAUUCGGAGUGUCAUAGAGGGCGACGCAGACGCGUAUCCGUAUCUGUGGACACCUCAGAAAGCCGCGCUCAGCGGCAGGCGAUUCUCUUGGCCGCGCUGGUAUCGCGCAUCGCUAGCGAUACCCCCGCCAAACGCUGAUGAAACCGAGGGCAUCAUUUUAGACCUCUAUGAAAGCGGCGUUGAAAAAGGAUGGAUCUAUAUGAACGGAGAACCGUGCGGGCGCCACUGGCGAGUUCACGGAACUAUGCCGAAAAACGGUUUUCUUCGACAGGGCGACCAGGAGGCACCGAUUGAGCAAGUGGGCCAUGGCCAGCCGACGCAGCGGUAUUUUUAUAUACCGCCGUGGCAUUUGCAUGCCAAGGGACGCCCUUCCACACUCGUCAUAUUCGAUGAACACGCAAAUGGCGAGUACCGGGAGUUCGAACCGCAUCGCCUGCGCGUAUACCGCGCUGUGCUCCGCGUUGUCGAGUCGACGCCCACAUCCGAUAACGAGAGCAAGUCUGAAGCGUUUAUCGUCUGA